GCAGAAGAAAGUCUGUUUAGUUUUCACAUUGCUGCAGAUUUUAGUUAUUAUCGCGUGUUGGCAAAUAAACUGGUUUGUUAAAAUUAUCUAUCAUUUUCAGUAAGUGUUACAAAACAAGGGCUAAAAAUGAUUAUUCCGAUCCGUUGUUUUACUUGCGGCAAAGUUAUCGGCAACAAAUGGGAAUCAUAUUUGGGCUUACUGCAAGCCGAAUAUACAGAAGGUGACGCUUUGGAUGCACUUGGUCUCAAACGCUAUUGCUGUCGACGUAUGUUAUUGGGGCAUGUGGAUCUGAUCGAGAAAUUACUCAAUUACGCACCUUUGGAGAAGUAAGAGCGUUCGCCGAAUUACUGAUUGUAGACAUCCAACUUAGGUUUAGUGUAAAUAAAUAGACAGAUGUGUAGCAAGUA